AUGCAAGAUGCCUUGCGGAAGAGAUUCUUCGAUGGUGGCUCCAGGGUGACAAAGGAGGAUUAUGUCGCUGCCAUGUGCCCGACGGAGUUUCGACACAAGGAAAGCAGCCCGGCCGUCAGCCAGGUCGUAGGCCAGCUGCUGAGCAUGCAGGUGGCAACGGUGGAGCAGGCUCUCUUGCAGAAGGAGGCUUUGUUCGCAAAGCGUGGCGAGGCUGCUGCCGGCACGAGGAAGAACUUCAUCAAACCCGCAGUCCCAGAUCGUCAUUGGGCCCUGUGGAACGAAGCCUUCGACGUUCUCAGCCAAAGCGGCGCUGGCCCGCGCUUGCCGUUCUCUGCCAUGGCAACUUCGCCACGUCAACCUUCCAAGCGCCAAGACUCCUUCCAGGAUCUCUUGCGACGGGUGGCAGCAGCCCAUGAGGCAGAGCUACAAAGAGCGCGACGGGGUGAGAUGCCCUCCCGAGGCGCAUCUCUGAGAGGAAGUAUUCCCCGACCUUCGCAGCUGUCCGGAUCGUUAUUUCAGUCGCAGGCAUCGGCAAACCCACCAGCGAGUUUCAGUAUGCCCGGCAUGGCCCCGGACACUCCGCUCUUGCAGCCGAGGGCAUUCUCGGAAGCACAACCUCAAGCAAACCACAGCUUCUCGGAAAGCCCCGGCCCCGGCGUCCAGGAGAGUAGUCAUUCCUUGGAUGAAGUCCCUACGAUGGGUCGUUCCAUGCUGGAGCAGACGCACGAGGACCUAGAGGUUCGGGUCUGCUGGGCCGAGAAGCCGCCGAGUGUGCGAUUGAAGAGUAUCGUAAGCGUGCAGUCGACGGAUGCCACUGCAGUCCAGAAGACCAGUGGGCGUCAGUCCUUUGUUCUCAGUCCCUCCGGGAAUUUUCGAAACGUUUGGGACCUGCUCGGUGUUCUUUGCUUGAUGUGGGAUGUUAUCAUGAUUCCCCUACAGAUGUUUGACUUGGAAUCCGAGACUCAAGUUGGCUUGGAUUGGGUAUCGCGACUUGAAAUGAUGUUCUGGGCCGUGGACAUGUUGCUGGCGUUGUUUACCGGCUUUGUCCAUCGUGGAAUUCUCAUCUUGGACUUGCGAAGAAUUCGACAGCAUUACCUUCUCAGUUGGUUCGGCAUCGACUUUUCCAUUCUCCUCACCGAUCUUCUGUUGGAGUUUGCCUUCGUGGACAGUCUCGGAGAGGUGAAGGUCGCCAAAUUCCUUAGACUCAUUCGGCUCCUCCGCAUCAUACGCUUGGGGAAGCUCACCCAUGUCUCGAUCUUCCUCCGGGAUCAGCUUAAAUCCCGGGUGGCUUGUAUACAGCUGAACCUCGGUAUCGUGAUUCUUUGCAUCGUCCUCCUUCAGCACGUCGUCGCAUGUUGCUGGCACGGCAUCGCUUCCCUCAGCAGCGACUCAUGGCUUGACCAGCACUCCAUGCGAAACCAGCAUGUCUCAUUUCAAUACGCCACGGCCAUGCGCUGGAGCCUUGCUCAGCUGGGGAUCGGCGGCACGGAAAUUGAGGCCGUCUCCUACACAGAGGCAGUCUACUCUGUGGUCGUGGCCUUCGUCUCCCUGAUCUCUUUUUCCACUGUGAUCAGUUCCAUGACCUCCCUCAUCUCAAGCCUCAACAAAGCAAAGGUGGAGGAGACGGAUCAGUUUUGGUUGCUCCGUAAGUACCUGCGAGACCAGGGCAUCGCGGGGAGCCUGGCGGAGCGCAUCACAGAUUUCUUGCGGUAUGCUUACCACACCCAUGCUACACAGACUGCCGAUCGGCCUUACAUCCUUCAGCUCUUGUCGAAGCCCUUGCAAGGGGAGUUGAGCUUUAGCAUUUAUCGUGACAGCAUCCUCAAGAUCUCCUUCUUGGCGGAAGUGGCACAGAGUGUGGCUGUGAAGAACGACAGUGCGUUUCACAAGUUGGCCAGCGAGGCUGUCAGCAUCAUCGAUACAGGUCAUGGUGAUCUGGUCUUCUCAACCAAUGGAGAGGCAGAAGCGUCGUACUUGCCCCUGCAAGGCACCUUGAGGUACUUACAUGGUCAAGGAGAGCAGGAGACAGAAGGACAAAAGUGGGUUGCGGAGAUGGCCCUGUGGACCAAAUGGCUCCAUGCAGGUGACCUUCUCUCCGUGAAUUUCUCGCGUCUCGUCUGCCUGGAUGCCCAGGAAUUCUGCAACAGCAUCUUUACCUCGCUGGAGCUCCGGAACGUUGCGCAUCUCUAUGCGAAGCUCUAUCUGGAGCGACUAAGGCAGCAGCGCAUCCUUACGGACCUGUGGCUCUACGAAGAAAUAAGCGCGCCCGAACGCCAACAGUCGCGUGGGGCCGAAAAAGGUGGCUGGCGGUGUUUCUGGGGCGGACGCUGGGCAACCCACCUUCGUGAAACCCAAGUUCUGCCCUCACAGCCUCCAGACGUGGAUCUGAACUAA